UGUUGGUUUCUAUCCUCUGAUAAACAACAGAGAAGAAGAAAGUAGCUCGCUGAUCCUUCGUUUGCUAUACAGUAAUCACAAACUUGUGUUAAUAUUAACAGUCUAUGGUUAAACAGGGAAGGUGAAACGCUGUCUGAGUCACUUGGACUAAUGUUCACGGUCAGGUGCAUUUUGGGAACAUCUGCGAAGUAUUUGGCCUCUCUCCGAGCUUUGAGAAAACAGAUCAAGCUACAAAACAGGAUGUCGACCUUACCUCACUCAGUGGUUGCAGUGUGUCAGGUAACAGCCACCCCGGACAAAGAGGCCAACUUCUCUGCCUGUAAACAGAUGGUGAGGGAAGCCAAGGAGCGAGGGGCCAGCAUGGUCUUCCUGCCCGAGGGCUUCGACUACAUCGGAUCCAGUCGAGAGGAGACGCUGUCGCUGUCUGAGAGCUUGACAGGAGACACAAUCUCACAAUACACUCAGCUGGCCAGAAAGUUGGAAGUCUGGCUGUCUCUUGGAGGAUUUCAUGAACGAGGACAUGAUUGGGAGUCUGACAAACGGAUCUACAACAGUCACAUCAUAAUUAAUGAUAAAGGGGACAUCAUUUCAGUCUACAGGAAGUCCCAUUUGUUUGAUGUGGAACUGCCAGAAAAACACGUAUCCCUUAAAGAAAGUGCCUUCACCAUCCCUGGACCCUCCCUUGUGUCUCCAGUCCAAACUCCCAUCGGCAAGGUUGGCCUGGGCAUCUGCUAUGAUCUGAGAUUCCCUGAGUUAUCACUGGCUCUUCAAAGGCAUGGGGCCGAGAUUCUGACAUACCCAUCAGCCUUCACUAAAGCAACAGGAGCUGCUCACUGGGAGGUUUUACUCCGUGCACGGGCAAUCGAGACCCAGUGUUUUGUCCUGGCGGCAGCGCAGGUCGGCCAGCACCACGAGAAGCGAUCAUCCUAUGGCCACGCCCUAGUGGUGGACCCGUGGGGUGAGGUGUUGGCCGACUGCGGAGGGGAGAAGCCAGGCGUGGUGGUGGUGGAGAUCGACCUGGAGAAAGUCAGCAGCACCAGGAAGAACAUGCCGGUCCAACAGCACCGCAGAGACACUGGUUUCUAUCACAGUCUGGAGAAGACUUGACUACAAGAGAAGUGAAAAAUUCAAACUCAGUUUAGGUUUCUGUCACGAUGCAUCAUGAGCACCUUAAAGUGCUCAUAUUAUGCUUUUUGGCUUUUUCCCUUUCCUCUAUUGUGUUCUAUAUCUUUUUUUGUGCAUGUAAUAGGUUUACAAAGUGAAAAAGCCCAAA